UGCGGGUCGGUGACGUCAGCCGCCAAGAUGGCGGAGGGGGAGGACGCGGGCUGGUGGCGGAGCUGGCUGCAGCAGAGCUACCAGGCUGUCAAGGAGAAGUCCACAGAAGCUUUGGAAUUCAUGAAGCGGGACCUGGCGGAGUUCACUCAGGUGGUGCAGCAUGACACAGCCUGCACCAUUGCUGCCACAGCCAGCGUGGUGAAGGACAAGCUGGCAAGGACAGAAGGUUCCUCAGGUGCAACUGAAAAGGUGAGGAAGGGGAUCUCUGACUUCCUGGGGGUCAUCUCAGACACAUUUGCUCCCUCUCCGGACAAGACCAUUGACUGCGACGUCAUCACGCUGAUGGCAACGCCCACAGGGACCACCGAGCCCUACGACAGUGCCAAGGCUCGCCUCUACAGCCUCCAGUCAGACCCAGCCACUUACUGCAACGAGCCUGAUGGUCCUGCUGAGCUGCUUGAGGCCUGGCUCUCCCACUUUGACCUGGAGGAGAAGAAAGGGGAGAUUGCUGAGCUGCUGGCAACCAGCCCUUCCAUCCGGGCUCUCUACACCAAAAUGGUCCCAGUGGCUGUUUCCCAUGCGGAGUUCUGGCAGCGCUACUUCUACAAAGUGCAUCGCCUGGAGCAGGAUGAAGCCCGGAGGGAGGCUCUGAAGCAGCGAGCAGAGCAGAGCAUUCACCAAGAAGAGCCAGGCUGGGAAGAGGAUGAAGAGGAGCUCUUGGGCAUGUCCCCCCUGCCUUGUGCAAAGGUCCAAUUGCCAGAAGCAGCAGAGAACGAAUCUGCCCCUGCAGCCCUGGAGGGAAGCCACCCCACUGCUCCCAAGAGGCCCUCAGAGGAAGGCUGGGCUGUCCUCCCUGCAGAGCCAGCCCCAGCAGAGGGGAGCCCCUCUGAGAGCAGUGAAAGCGUCUCCCUUGUGACUCAGAUUGCAAACCCUGCCUCUGUGCCUGCUGCGCAGCUACAGACUGGAGCACAACCAGCUGGGACCAGAGACCUCUGCCAGAGGCUGCUGGAGGCCACCUCAGAAGAGCAGAGCUCCCUGCCAAAGCCCUCAGAACUUGGUCACCCUUCUGCACCUGCUCGGCAGUCAGCAGAAUCCUCAGAGCCAGCAGCUGUUACAGAGCUCAGAGGAGUGGAGAGCAGAGCCCAGGGCAGAACAGAGACUCUGAAAGAGGAAGGACCAACGGAUCUUCGAGUCUUUGAGCUGAACUCAGACAGUGGGAAAUCCACUCCCUCCAACAAUGGCAAGAAAGGCUCCAGCACUGAUAUCAGUGAGGACUGGGAGAAGGACUUUGAUUUGGACAUGACUGAGGAGGAGGUGCAGUUGGCGCUGUCGAAGGUGGAAGUGUCUGGGGAGCUGGAAGAUGAAGAGUGGGAAGACUGGGAAUAGAGGAACUGCUUCCAGUGUGUGUCACAGGCUCAUUUCACCAUCGAAUGUGAGGUACCAGGGACCAGCUGUUCCUUUGUGUGUGACUGUGCUGGGGACUGCAAGCCAGGCUGGAAGAGUUUUCAUUCCUGCUAAAUCCUGUGGGCAACUCAAGGGACUCCUUCAGACGUGGAGGAGGAGGAGGAGGAGGAGGAGGAAGCAAGAGUUCACUCACACUUAGCUGCUAGGGAGCCCACCUUCUCAGCAGGCCCUAGAGACUGGGCCAAGCCAAACCCACUGCCCCAGCGCCUGGGGUGGAGGCAGAUGCGACGCAAGGAGGGGUCCCUGGGGUGAGCUGGGCAGCCAGGCAGCUGGCAGGAUUCCUUGGUGCCACCAGUCUGCCUGCUUGGCUGUGCCUGCUUGUGUGUGUGUGCACGAGCUAGAGCACAGCAGCUGCUGGGUGGAAGCUGUGGCUGCUCACUCCUGCUCUGUGCUGCUCACUCCCUGCUCCUGCUGCUCGCCAGGCCCUCCCUGCGCGGGGUGAGGCCGAGGGCUGGAGGUGCUGCAGCCAAAGCCCCUUCUGCUGUGCUGCACUUUGCAGUUGGCUUGUGGCUUUAACUCACAGCUGGGCCGUGCUGGAAGGAGCCAAACUCCCUGCCAAACCCUGAGCUUCUGCCUGGCUUUUCAUCUUGGAAGCUUUCUCUAAGGGCAGCUGCUUUCCCCUGCACUGCUGCCUUCUGCUGGGCUUUGUGUACUCCUGGUUAAACUCUCCCAACAGAGUGCUUGUAGCUUGCUCUUACUUGAACUCCCUGGGGCCAGCAGUGCUUUGGGUCACGCUGGGAACAGCACUGCCUCCUUUGUGGUGCCCAGUUCAGCCCUUGCAAAGCCCCAGUCUGACCCACUGACCGCUUUAACCUCUGCCUUGCUGCUGAGGCUUGGCCCUUCCCUCUCCCAGCCCAGGAGGAGGCAAAGCACCACAGCGUGGGUGGUACCUGUUGGCUGAGACUUUGUCCCCUUACCUGACCCCCUCCUGUCCUGCCUGUCCCCACAGUCACCAGGGUCACAAGCUUCACUUGGGUUCCUUUGCUUAAGCCCCCAUGGCU